ACUUUCUUGGUUCUGUCCCAUUUCUGCACGUAGACCCUUGCCAUGGAACUAGUUGGUUGUGAAACGUGGGAGAUGUGCAAGGCUCAUCAGACUGAAGAAGCAGGAUUUGCUCACAGAACGUAUAUCGGGAGUUAAAUGACUACAAUAUUGCCACGGCAACUGCGAGCUACCUGGCAAUGUAAUGUAGGCCUUUCAGAAAAUGUUGCGCGUUUAUGUCCCUACUCGGUGACGUCAGCUCUAACCGUCGACGAUUAAAUGUGCAGGUGAAAACGGGAAUAAACACAUGACCAAAUGCGCGAGGAGGAGGGUGAACGAAAUUAUCUGCCAAUCAUAAUUUCUGAAUGGUGGGAUGAGGAUCUAUUUACGCCUACGGAUAAAUAGCGUGCUAUCGCACUUGACAGACCAUAGCUGCAUCGUCAGGAGGUAGCCUACCAAAUAAUAACGUGAUGUCUCGGUUGUGAUUUAACGUACACUAUUUCCUCAUUUCCUCAUCUAUCUUCCCCGCUGGAUGGUCCAUGUUGGAGCCUGGAGCUACCGUAGAUAAGUAGAUAACAGCAAUACAUUAGCAAUAAACCAACAUACGGCGACUUAACGGACACCCGAGAAACUACACAUGAAACGGGUUUUUGCCAUGUCCCGCGGUCGUCGUGUGACAAGAACCUCAGGACAGGAUCGAAUCAAUCCGUUGGGGCAAUGCUAGGAGCUGUGUUAAUAACCUGGCAAGAGGAAUACUUGAUACUCGAAGACGUUUGCUUUCGGAGAAUCGAAUUCAGACAUGGGGCUUGAGUUGUCAUGUGGGGCGGUCCGGACACUGGACCCCCUGAUCGUGGGAGUCUCGGAUAGAUCCCGAUGCUCACGGUCAAAUCGUAGCUUGUGAGGAACGAAAGAAUGCCUGCGGUGACCGGAGAAGCGCCCUUACUGAACGGGGGCAGAAGAGAAGAGAAAAAUCCAGUUUUAACACCCUUUCCUUUCCUUGUCUUUCUGCCUCCUGUUCAGCGUCCCUGUAAACAGUCCCUUCCCGGGUCCCUAUGCCGAGAGUCCCAUUGGAAGUGCCUGCUCCUCACGCUGCUGAUGUUCGGCUGUUUCGCCACACUGGGAUGGUGCUCUUUUUACCGCGUCACUGUCAUGGCUGCCGAUGAACACGGCCUCUACUACGGCGGCCGCGCCCGCCUCUACCAUGACAGCCCCUGCUCCAACGGCUACGUCUACAUCCCGGUGGCCUUCCUGAUCAUGCUGUACCUGGUCUACCUGGUGGAGUGCUGGCACUGCUUCUCUAAAACAUCCUCUCUGGCCCGGGUCAGGAUCAGCAAGGUGUACAACAGGGUCCAGAGGCUGCAGCAGGCCAUGCCCUGUAUCUGGUGGAAGGCCAUCAGCUAUCACUAUGUGAGACGGACACGGCAGGUGACUCGAUACCGCAAUGGUGACGCUUACACCACCACACAGGUGUACCAUGAGCGGGUCAACACACACACAGCCAGCUCUGAAUUUGACUAUACCCGACAUGGUGUCAAGGACGUAUCCAAGGAGCUUCUUGGCCUUCUGGAGCACCCGGCCGUACGCCUUCGUUUCACCAAGUGUUUCAGCUUUGCCAGUGCCCAUGCCGAGGCCGCCUACCUCACUCAGCGCGCACGCUUCUUCGCAGAGAACGAGGGUCUGGAUGACUACAUGGAGGCACGGGAGGGCAUGCACCUGAAGAACGUGGACUUCCGUGAGCACAUGCUGGCCUUUCCUGACCCGGCAUGGCCACCCUGGUUCUCUCGUCGGCGCAUGUAUUGGCUGAUCUCAGCCCUGAUGUUGUCCUGGCCACUACGUGUGGUGUCAGAGUACCGUACGGCAUAUGUCCACUAUCAUGUGGAGAAGCUGUUUGGUGAGAACGAGGAAGUCAAUGACAAUGACAGCACUGAGAUGGGCAACUACCGCUCAGGCCAGGAGAAUGGGCAACGCGGUGGCCCCAGAUUACGUGUCAUAUCGAGGGUCAACACGGUAGACAUCACUGAACUGGAGUGGCACAUUCGCUGCAACCAGCAGAUGGUGCCCAGUUACUCCGAGGCAUUGCUGAUGGAUCUGAACACCAACAACACAACAUCUUCGCCCUCUGCGUUUACCGGGGCAACGCGUGUCCCUAUGAGGCGGAACUCUAGCUACGUCCUCCAGAGCUGCCCCCGCUGUCGCAGGUCCACCAGCAGCUCCUCGCUCCCCUCGCGAGUCAGGGGGAACGUGGCGAUGGGGGCGGGCUCUUUGACAUAUGGGACAGUGGGAAGGGUGGGAGGAGGAAGGCUUGCCCUCAGCCGCAGUGGAUUCUCUCUUGGCCGUUUGCACACGGUGCGGCAGGCCUGCCUGUUUCACUCUCGGAGCCUUGGUGCAGGGAUGGGGAGUAGAGGGGAUGAAGGUGGUGGGUUUCUGGGACUGGGCCUCCGCCGGGCUAACGAAGAGAGCAGAGGGGUCCUGGAGGGAGAAGGAUUUGAAGAGGAUGAGAAUAGUCUGCAGCUAGAGGAUGAUAGAGAGCAGGAACUAGAGAGAGUGAGGACUGAGAUCAUGCAGGGAGUGGCCUGUGUGACAGAGAGACCACCAGCUUAUCAGGAAGCUCUCCACUUGCCUGUGUUGAUCGUCCAUGGUGAGGAGAGCUGCCAUGGAGGGGAGGACCUUGACGCAGGAUAGUCACUAUGAUUGGCUAGGGUGAUGGAGAGUAGAUAAGCAAAUCUGCUCAGGAUGAUGCAAGAAAUGAAUGAGAGGAGGGCAGAGGAGAGGAAAAUAGGGAAGGAAGAAAAAGAAGUGGAGAUAUGGAAAGGAUUGGAAAGAAGAGAGGCAAGAAAACAAAUGAAAAAAUCCUAGUUUCCAGACCUGCGACAAAGGACUACUGCAAAAUGUGUAGGGAAACCAAACUAUUGUGUCACGGUAGAUUAAAUUAUAAUUAUGUAAUUGCUCUUGCUUAAGAGUGUGUGAUAUGUGUAUCCCAUUGUCCACAAUGAACAACAAUCGCUUUGUAUCAUUGUUCAUCAAUGUAUGAAAUGUAUGUUCAUGAAUGUAUGGAUGUAUCAAUGAGCUGCUGAUUUAGCGCUUAACAUCAGGAGUAGUAGUAGUAGUCCACCAAGCUAUGAGAUUAAUUCAAGGGGCACUGUAUAUUGUGUAAACUUACAUAACUCCCAGGUGGAAGUGGAGCAGAACUCUCACGCCAAUGAAAUCUAAAAAAUAUUACCAUUGCACAAAGAGACGAUAGUAAUCUGAUUUUAUAUUACUUUUAGAUGUAAAACAAAUAAUACAUUUGAUCAAGGCACUGAGGUGAUGCAGCUUAUGUCAUCUACUCACCUUCCUCUAGAGAUAAUGCAGAUCCAAGCGGCCAACAAUAUUGUCCACGAUAUGGCAUCACAGAUAUAGUGAAUAAUGUUUUAAGAGUUAAAUGCCCAUAUGGGUAUUUUUGAGCAGAGAUGCAGUAGUUGCUAAAAAUCUAGCUACUUUAUGAGAAACUUUAUGAUUUUAUAAAAAUGCAGAACGGUAUACAUUAACACAAAGGAUUGUUUGUGUAUGACCCACAAGGCCUUAAAAAGGCAUGUCCUUGUUGCUCAACCUUGUGACUCCCUGUCAGCCAAAAACAUGCAUUUGCCCCCUCACAGACAACAGGAAUGUGGAGAAAGACACUCACUUUUCAAACCUAACAUGGAUAUGGGGAACAGGAGAUGGAAUAUGAUAAGAUAGAGUUAUGGAGAGAGCAACUGUCCCAUUUUAUGUUUGUAAGAUUAACCCCUUUAUUCAUCCAAAAUGACUCUUAGCAAUUUGGCCUUAACCACGAUUCUAAAGGGGUUCUCCCCAUGUCUCAGUUCUGCCCACUGUUGAAGUUAUACAUCAUGGUCAAGUAUGGAUGUGAUGCAGUAGAGUACAUAUAUACACUCCCACCACCUCUCACUCAACUGAUGCCAUUAGGAUGUGAUCGAUGCUCGGAGCCUUGGGAUCAAAGCCAAAAAGGGUCUUGCAAUUAGGAAUUAGAGCAAAAUUCAUAACACAAUAUUUAUUUCAAGAAAUGUGUUAUCUGCCUUUAUGUAGAUAAUCAAACAACAUGCAAACAGCACAUAGUUGACAUAACGCACAGCAUAUUUAGCUCAAACACAACUUCACAGAAUUGCAGAAAGACACGCCCAUACAAAGACUGACAGCCAGGCGAAAGAGCAUAUCAGGACUUACACUUCUAUACAUCAGCAUAUCCACAUGUCAUAGUAGGUGCACAUUAUUAAGCACAAAUAGACCAUCUUAAUAACAGUAAAAAGAUCCAUGGAUGUGAAUGUGGACCUACUUUUGAAAUAAUGGCCAUGUUAACAUUCAUAAGUACUGUAUGAAGGUAUUGACAUGGUGACUUGUCCCACCAACACUUUAACACCACUCCCUAUCUUGAAAAGACUCCUGUAUGUUCCCAUUCUGUUGUAUCUAAUGUGUUACCAAUACAAAUUCAAAUUGUUGAGUGUCAAGUACAGUAACUGUUUGAAAUUGCAUUAGGCCUAUAACUGUUAGGUCACGUUGUUGUUACCAGUGUUCUUGUAACUACAUAUUGUAACCAGAUUCAUAAAAUCAUUUUGUAAAGAA